UGUUCUUUUUCUGAAAAUAAGGAGUUACACGAUUGUUAUGUUAGGCCAAGGUUUUUUUCUCAUCUCUUAAAUUGAAGGUGCGGUCGCAGCCGGCGCGAAAUUGGUUUGCGGGGGCAGUGAAGUCCCAGUCCGCGGCCUUGAGGAUGGCUUCUAUCUAUCCCCAUGCAUUCUCUCGGACAUCCGCAAGGACAUGGUUGUCUACAGCGAGGAGAUUUUCGGCGCUGUGCUUCUUGUAAUCCCUUUCGAUACGGAAGAUGAGGCUGUAGAGAUUGCUAAUGAUACGACGAUGGGUCUUGCUGGAGGCGUAUUUACCAAAGACUUGGGUCGUGCCUACCGUGUAAUUGAUCGUCUACAUGCUGGAUCUUGUUUUGUAAACACUUUCAAUGACGACACUAUUCCUUGUUGCUCUCUGGUAAUCAGUGGCAAAAAAGAAACCUCUGGAUUUAACAACCUAGUCAAAAAUUUCACUCAUACUGCUGUUUCAGCUCCGUUCGUUCCCUUCGGUGGUUAUGGCGAUUCUGGUUUUGGGCGGGAAAACGGUACAGCUGCCAUCGAUCACUACACUCAGAUCAAGUCUGUCAUCGUCUCAACAGCCAAAACAUUGCCGAAUCCAUUCUGA